GGUAGCACACACACGUACUGCUCGAAUAUAAUAUAUUAUAUUGUUUAGUUGUGCGUUUGUGUUAAUCGAAUUAUGUACGCUACAAGCUAGGUUGUUCAGCACAAAUAUAUCAGGAUGGCGGGUCGGCUGUGGGUGGUCUUCGUUGCCAUAGCAACCGUUGCUGCCGAUGAAGCCUCGGAUCCUCAAGGACUACUCGAAGCAGCUUCUGAAGCGGCAUCGCCUGAAGAAUUUACGGUGUACGUCGGUCGCUGGACAGAAUGCUCCGUAACUGAUGUAGAGAAUAUAAAAACUAUCGAAAGGUAUAACAUACGAAUAGAGACGGAUUCCCUCGUACAUACACCACGGCUUGGUCUCCAGCGCAGGCAGGUGCAAUGUCGGCGGAAGGAUGGACAAUUUGUCGAGAAUAUGUAUUGCGGCGCUGCAGUAUCAAACAUAGGUGCUACGCGUGUGUGCGUGAUGCGUGAAAACUGUUCGUUAGGCGAAUGGUUGCCAUGGCGACCGCGGCCGGACGGCUCGCUCGUACGCACCAGGAGGCUGCGCCGGCUGCCGCAAGGCGGUGGAAAGGAAUGCGACGUUGUGGAAGAAGUGAGGCCCGCUGCGAUGGAAGCGAGUGCCCACUGGACGCCGGGCCCGUGGGGCUCCUGUCGGGUCGCUGUAGAACAAUCCGCCACGCCCGCUCCACCCAAUGACGAAGAAGACGACGCAGACGACGACGAUGCGAUCUACGACGAGGACGAUGAGUCGGACGAAGGUGACAAGGACAGUAACGCGAGCUGCGGCGGCGGUGUGCAGCGGCGCGAGGCCACAUGUGUGCGUGCGGACGGGAGAGCGCUGCACCCAGCACAGUGUGCACAUGCGCCCAUGCCAACCCUGGUGCAGCCGUGCGAGGUUCCUUGUCCCCGUGACUGUGAGGUGGGCGAAUGGAGCGAUUGGGGAGCGUGUCAACCAACCGAUGGCUGUCCACUGUUUCCCGUACAACAACUCACUACUACUGGAUAUAGCGUACGUCGUCGUCGCAUCAUCGCAGCGGCAUCCGGCGGUGGGGCCCCGUGUCCUCCGCUAGAAGAGAAGCGAACGUGUAGCACACCACGAUGCGCAUCGUGGAAAGCGCUCCCGUGGGGCCCCUGCGUGCUCAACCAACAACAUAGCACUUGUGGACCAGGACGGCGUAGUCGGGAGUUGAGAUGCAUGGGACAUGAUGGAAAAGAAGCACAGCGUGCUUGGUGUAGCGGCAGCGGGGCUCCCGCACGUACUGAGCGGUGCCGCAUUGCAUGUCCCGGCGACUGUGUGGUCACCUCGUGGGGCCCCUGGUCGGCGUGCUCUGCGGCCUGCCUCGCGCCCGGACAUGCGAGACCUACGCGUACUAGGAAGAGGUUCAUUGUGGCACAUGCGUCGCCAAAUGGCUGGCCAUGUCCCGCCCAAGAGCUGCUAAUACAAAACGAAACCUGCAACACUCACGCGUGCGGCACUUACUCGUGGCUCGCUACACCUUGGGGCCCCUGCGAGCGACGCAAUCAAGAUUACAUCCCUGCUAAUAAUUACACUGAUUUACUGGAUACUGAUGUUUUCAACCAAAGCGAUGAUGAGGAACCUUGUAUCGAAGAAGGCGAAAUGACGAGGGAUGUGAUGUGCGUGCAGAAUAACGCUGAUGUUGUAAGAGAAGCUCUUUGUGCGCCCCUGAAACGGCCUGCUUCACGUCGGGCGUGCACAAUUCGUUGCAAACGAGGGUGCCGCGUCGAAGCCUGGAUGCCUUGGUCUACGUGCCCUAACACUUGUGAUCCCGGCAAGCAAGUGCGAAUCCGCCGUGUGCACGGGGGCCCCAACUGCGGGCCGCUGCAGGAGUCGCGUGAUUGCCCCGUGCCCCGUUCCUGUGGUGCGCGCAGCCCUGGCUGGGUCACUGGCGAGUGGAGCACGUGUAGACUGCCACCCGCACAACGCUGCGGCAUCGGGUAUCGAGUUAGAAGCAUCUGGUGCGGCUCGGAGUCGCACCGCGUGGAAGCUGGCUCGUGCGCGGGCGAGAGCGUGCCGGCCAGCGUCGCGCCGUGCCGAGUCAGCUGUGACGCAGCUGCACCGCUCGACUGCUCUACCGUGUGCACAGACCCACUCAAGUAUUUAGAUGCAUCGGACCCCGACAUUCCGGCCUGCGUGUGCAAAAACGUUAGCUUGGAACUGUUACCCGCUGACUCCGAUUGUAUACUUCCUUUUGGAAUGGAAUGUGGAGAAGGAAGGUCACUCCGAGCUGCCCGCUGUAUGGUCGCCGGUAGAGAUGUGCCAAUGGAUGUUUGCAAGAAGUUCCAUCCGCUUACAGGGCCUCGCCGUGUCCGGGAAGCGUCCACUGACGGGUUCACAUACGACACCGAGUUCGGCUCGCUCCUCCGCGGCACGUGCAGUGUGCGGUGCGCGCGCGACUGUACCGCGGGGCCCUGGGCCUCGUGGGGCCCCUGCGCGUCAGAGCCGGGAUCCAAAGCGGCCUUCCGUUUCCGUACUAGAGAAGUGAUAGAGGAAGGUUCAGCUGGUGGACGCGAGUGUGGUGCUACACUGCAGCGUGCUACCUGCACCGAGCUAGAGCCGCGCUGGCGCGUGGGCAGCUGGGACGUGUGCGCGCCCGACCGCACGCUCUGCGGGCCCUCGUACAUCAAGCGGGACGUGGCAUGCGUGGACGGGCAAGGCACUAAACUCGACGACUCUGUGUGCGAAGCGUCUGGUGCCGGGGUGACACCGGACCGCGUGUCGACGUGCCACAUGCCGUGCCCUGCGGACUGCGUGCUUAGCCCGUGGUCUGAGUGGAGCCCUUGUGAAAUGACGAAAUGGGGCGGGCGUCGCGACCGCACACGCGUAGUCCUGCGCCCCGCGGAAGCUGGCGGCAUGCGUUGCUCACCGCUCGUAGCCGCGGAGCCGUGCGAGCCGCUCGCGUACGCGUGGCACACCGCGCCGUGGGACGACUGCCAGCCGCUAGGUGGAUCUCCAUGUGGAGAAGGGACCAAGAGAAGAGCCGUGCGUUGCUUGCGCAGUGAUGGAGUUUUUGUGAAUGAUACCUUCUGCCCAAACGCGACCGCAAGCGAAGCGCGCGAGUCUUGGUGCUACGUGCCGUGUGGCGUGGACUGCGAGGUGGGCGAGUGGGCCGCGUGGGAUACAAGUGCUUGCUCCUGUGGGGAUGCUUCCACCGCGAGGCACAUGCGUCGCACAAGACAACACCUAAGCUCAGCGGUGUGGCCGGGACGCGCGUGCCCGCCCACUGAGCAGCGCGCGCCGUGCCCACGGGAGCCGUGCUUACGACUUGUCGCUAGACCUAUGCUGGGUUGCCAUGUGCAGACGUCAUCUGGCGAAGAAGCGGAAGGAGCCUGUGGUUGGGGCGUGCGAGUAUCUCACGCGCGCUGCGAGCUCGCCAGCGUGUCGGACGAGCCGCUCGGCGACGCGUUCCUGGAGCCGUGGCGCUGCUCCACCGCGCUGCCGGGACGCAUUGUGGCGCCGCCGCUGCAGCACCAGGAGGACGAACUAUGCGAAGUGGAAUGUGGGUGCAACGAGUCAGAGCUGGGCCAGCCGGGCCCGUGGGGCUCGUGGGGCCCGUGCCGUGGCGGGGCUCGCUCGCGCACACGACAACUGUUAGUACCACCGCGACGCGCUUGCCGGACUUCUUCCAGAUACGUGACGAUCGAGUGGGCCAACUGCAGCGGCGACGCGGACGAGAUCCCCGACCUGCUCGCGGUGGAGCCGCGCGAGGACAAGCCGCGCCGCGCCGCGCACGAGCGGGAAGUGUACCAUGAUGGAUAUAUUGAGGGAAGCACAUCGCUUCUGGCUGUGGUGUGGACUGCCACUAUUAUACUCAGCUUGUACGGGGCGAUCAUGCUUUACCGCGGACUUCUUAGGUGUCUACGAAGCCGUCGGAUGAAGACCAUCACCAAAGUGUAAACGGGCAGGAAUGCAAUAUUGGCAGCUUUAUGUUAAACAACUACGACACAAUUGCUGAUUUCACAGUAAUUUUACUGUUAACAAUGAUACCAAUGUUUCCAUUUUGUUAUUGUGUAAGCACCAAAAAAUGUUUUUUUGAUAGUUAAUAAAGUCUAGUAUAGUGUU